UCAGAAGAUCAUGGAGUGCAGAAACGUUCAACAGCACAGUUAUUGUUACGUGUUCGAAUUAUUCCAACACCUCCGAAAAGCCAAAGAUUGCUGUGGGACCAAUAUCGAAAUAUGCGCUAUCCACCAGGAUAUUUUCCACGAGAUGAUUUGCGGGAUAAAGCGAAUAUCCUGGACUGGAAUGCCGAUCAUCCGCAUACCAAUUUCAAAGCCCUGUAUCAGCAUCUUCGAAGCAGCGGCUACUACAUCGAAGUACUGGGUGAACCGUUGACAUGCGUGGAUUUGAGUUACUAUUCAGUGUAUUUACUGGUCGAUCCAGAAGAUGAGUUUUUUCCGGGUGAGCGUGAAAAACUUUUCACGGAAGUGACUCACAACGGCUUAAAUAUGAUCGUUUUUGCGGACUGGUACAAUGCUUCCGUAAUUGACAAAAUCCGAUUUAUGGAUGAGAAUACGAAGCAAUGGUGGCAACCGGAAACUGGUGGAACAAAUUUACCAGCACUGAAUGAUCUGCUGGCGAAUUGGAAUAUUACUUUAGGGGCACAAGUUCUGGAUGGCGUAGCAACGAUUGGGCGUACACCAGUGAAAUAUCUUUCGGGAACGUCGAUUAUUGCUGCUCCAGCUGAGGCGCUUAUCGCUUUUGCAAACUUAACUGAUUUGGUACAUUUUGGACUUAGUUGA